GAUUGGGCCUGUAAUCCCAUGUUUUGUGUUUGACAAAAUGAAGAAAAGAGUAGGAAUUAGUAAAGCAACUGGGGAAAAGAAUCCAAGAAAACUACCUCAUAGCCCACAAGAAUUCCUUCAAAGACAAGUACAGAAUUUAUGCCACUUUUCAGUUAAUAAGCAGCUUAUUGACAGUCAAGAACAGGCAAUCUCGGUUUUUCCUAAAUUGUUGUACAAGUUCUUGAUCAUCCGAACAGAUUAGUAAGAGAAUGAUCUUUACCUUUGUCUGAAGAGUCCCACAAUCCUGUCAAAGUUCACUCAAGAAAUGGCAACAGAUCAGAAUGUAAAAGAUCUCCCAUGGGCUCUGCAACUGAUGAAAUCGGGGAGCAUCGAACUGCAGAGCGUCUCGUUCUUGUUUUCUCAACCAGCUUCGGGUUGUUUCCAGGAAACGGAGAACUCCUUGAACGUGAACAUAACAAAAGACAGCGUUUUGCAGUUCUCUCAGCUUCUCAAAGUUCUAGGAACAGCCAAGAAUGGUGCUCAAUCAUCAUUGAGAAACCUGGAAUUCCACCUGGUAGAAUGGGAGCUGCAACAGGUGAAAGAUCUUCGGGUUCUGAUCGAGAAUAACCCAAACAUCAAGCAGCUGAUGUUCAGACGAAACAAGUUUAGUGCAGAGUGUUUGUCAGAGCUAUCAGAUGGUUUGAGGAAAAACAAAAACAUCAAGGAAAUUAUGCUGUCUGAAUCAGGUAUUGGUUCAGAAGGAGCUGGAGUCCUGGCUUCAGCCCUGAAGGAUAAUCAUAACUUGGAAGAGUUGCAAAUAUGGGAAGACUCGAUUGGAUCAAGGGGAGCAGAAGAGCUGUCUAAAAUGAUUGAAGUAAACUCAACUCUGAAACUGCUGACAAUUUUCGACUCAAGGUCGAUAACAGCAACACCUCUAAUUUCAGCUGUUUUGGCUAGGAAUAGAUUGAUGGAGGUCCAUAUAUGGAGUGUGGAUCGCAACGAGAAGAGUUCUAAGGUGGUUGAAUUUGUACCUGAAAACAGCACUCUUCGAGUGUACCACCUCGACGUUUCGGGUGCAUGCCGUGUCGCCUGUUCAUUGGGAUGGAAUUCAACUGUGAGAUCUCUUGACAUGACAGGAGUCAGGCUGAAAUCACGGUGGGCGAAGGAAUUUCGCUGGGUUCUUGAGCAGAAUCGAACCCUGAAAGAGGUCAAUCUGUCCAAGACAUGCCUAAAGGACAAGGGUGUUGUUUAUGUUGCAGCUGGACUGUUUAAAAACCGGAUCUUGGAAAGAUUGCAUCUUGAUGGGAACUGGUUUGGUGGAAUAGGUGUUGAGCAUUUACUCUGUCCUUUGAGCAAGUUCUCGGCUCUGCAAAAUCAAGCAAACACAACGCUAAAGUCGGUAACUUUAGGAGGAGGAAGGACUAAGAUUGGUAGAGAUGGGCUCGCAGCCAUUCUGCAGAUGCUGACCAGCAACCAAAGUGUUACUCAUCUGGGAAUAUACGACGAUGAGAGUCUCAAGCCAGACGAUAUCAUCAAAAUCUUCAAAGGCGUGGAGAGGAAUGCAACUCUGAGGAACUUAUCUCUGCAAGGCUGCAAAGGGGUAAAGGGUGAACUUGUGCUGCAAACCAUAAUGGAGACGUUGAAUGUGAAUCCUUGGAUUGAAGACAUUGAUCUUGCAAGAACUCCACUGCAGGCUGCAGGAAAAACAGAAGGGAUAUAUAAGAGAUUGGGUCAGAAUGAGCGGAGUGAACCUGAGAUUGAUUUGCUCAAGGACAUGCAAAUGACUUUGCCCAAGAGUUGUCGGGUCUUUCUCUGCGGUCAAGAAUAUGCUGGUAAAAGUACACUGUGCAAUUCUAUUUCACAGAACUUAUCCCCUUCAAAGCUGCCAUACUUGGAUCAGGUGAGGAUUCUGGUGAACCCUGUCGAGCAAGCUGUUAGAACACCAAGCAUCAUGAUUAAGACAUUCAAAGAUGAAGAUACAAAAAUCUCCAUAUGGAAUCUUGCUGGGCAGCAUGAGUUUUAUUCGCUGCACGAUCUCAUGUUUCCGGGGCAUGGCAGCGCAUCCUUCUUUCUGAUCAUAUCCAGCUUAUUCAGGAAACCGAGCAACAGAGAACCAAAACCCCCGAGUGAGAUUGAAGAAGAUAUGCAGUACUGGGUGAGGUUCAUUGUUUCAAACUCAAAACGAGCAGUUCAGCAAUGCAUGCUACCUAGUGUAACUAUGGUGCUCACUCACUUUGACAAAAUCAAUCAGCAAUCUGAUAGCUUACAGGCCACUGUCAGUUUGGUUCAAAGACUACGAGAGAAGUUCCAGGGCUUUGUUGAAUUCUAUCCAACUGUAUUUACAGUUGACGCAAGAUCAUCAGCCUCAGUGGGUAAACUCAGCCAUCAUAUCCGGAAAACAAGCAAAACAGUUCUUGAAAGGGUUCCACGAGUCUAUCAGCUUUGCAACGAUCUUGUAGAAAUAUUAUCUGACUGGAGACAGGAGAACCGCAAUAAACCAGCGAUGAAGUGGAAAGAGUUUGGUGAUCUAUGCCAAGUCAGAGUUCCGGCUCUAAGAAUCCGCUCAAGACAUGAUAAUAAAGAGAAGAUAGAGAUGAGGAGAAGAGCAGUGGCUACAAAUCUUCACCAUAUCGGUGAAGUGAUUUAUUUUGAUGAAUUAGGGUUCCUAAUCUUGGACUAUGAGUGGUUUUGUGGUGAGGUACUCAGUCAGCUAAUAAGAUUAGAUGUCAGAAAGCCGAGCACAACUGAGAAGAGUGGAUUCAUUUGCAGAAAAGAACUUGAGAAGAUUUUAAUAGGCAGCUUACAGAGUCGCAUUCCUGGAAUGGGCUCAAAUAUUAUUGAGAAUCUUCAACCCAGUGAUCUUAUAAAAAUGAUGCUGAAACUGGAACUCUGUUGUGAACAAGAUCCGUCAGAUCCCAACUCACCUCUACUCAUCCCGUCAAAUUUGGAAGAAGGCAGGUGGAAACCUCAGAGAUGGCCAGUUAACAGUCCUGAUAACAAUUACAUAGGGAGACGUCUUCAAUGUGAUGACUCAAGCCACAUGUUUCUCACACCAGGUUUCUUCCCCCGCUUACAGGUACAUUUGCACAAUAAAAUCAUGGGGUUGAAGAACCAACAUGGAGCAUCAUACAGCAUUGAGAAGUACCUGAUCUCAAUAAAUAUACAUGGAAUCCACGUCCGUGUAGAGCUUGGAGGACAAUUAGGUUAUUCCAUAGAUGUACUUGCGUGCUCCAUGAAGAGCCCUACAGAAAUUCUUAGACUGUUCCAACAUCUCAUUAUACCAGCAAUACAGAGCCUCUGUCAUGGGAUCACAUUGACAGAAUAUGUUCUUCGUUCCGAAUGUGUGAAAAAUCUCAUCUCUCCCAGAUACAGGAGAAACCAAUCUGUUCCCCUCCAACAACUGAAGCAAGCACUGCUCUCAGUUCCUGCAGACAGUAUUUAUGAUUAUCAGCACACCUGGGAUUCAGUUACAGAUUCUGGAAGCCUUAUUCUUGGACCUGGGUUUGAUUUUGCUCGAGAUCUGUUGUCGGAUGAUGACUUCAGAGAAGUACUUCACUGCCGAUACCAUGACCUAUAUAACCUUGCCAUGGAACUUCAAGUCCCACAAGAAAACAAUCCAGAUCGUCCUUCAACUGCCAGUGAAGAAAUAACCAGCUCUGUCGAGCCAACAUUUGCAGGGAUAGCGAAGGGUGUUGAAGCAGUUCUGCAGAGGCUAAAGAUCAUUGAACAAGAAAUCAAAGAUAUCAAGCAGGAAAUUCAAGGCCUGAGAUACUAUGAACACAGGCUUUUAAUUGAACUGCAUCGGAAAGUGAACUAUCUUGUGAACUACAACAUCCAACUCGAGGAAAGAAAACUACCAAACAUGUUCUAUCUUGUCAGGGCCGAGAACUACUCAAGGAGAUUAAUCACCAGCAUGGUUUCAGGGAUGACAGCGCUCCGCCUGCAUAUGCUAUGUGAAUUCCGGCGAGAAAUGCAUGUGGUUGAAGAUCAGAUUGGUUGUGAACUUAUGCAGGUAGAUAACAUCACAGUAAAGUGCCUAGCCCCAUAUAUGAAAAAGUUCAUGAAACUAUUAACUUUUGCCCUAAUACCUGAUCUAGGCAGGGAGGUCGCACAUUUGAUGGAUUCUCCCUUUCUUUAUGGAGCAGCUGGUGCAGCAGCUGCUGGAGCUAUCGGAGCUGCUGCAGCUGGAAACAGGAACAGAAGCAGGAACACGGGGGACAUCCAACAAGAUCUUAGGGCGGCUCAUCAAUGGGUGGUGGAUUUCUUGAGGAACCAGGGAUGUUCAACUGGAAAAGAUAUUGCUGAGAAGUUCGGAUUGUGGCGAGUCAGAUACCGGGAGGAUGGUCAAAUUGCAUGGGUUUGCAGGAGGCAUAUGUACACAAGAGCAUAUGAGAUAAUUGAAGUGCCGAUCUGAAUUAUAUCUUAUAGUUGGAUGUAAGCGUCCCUAGACUUAAUCAAGAUAUAGGGAAUGUUUAUCCCGCAGUUGCAACUCUAAUUUCAAGGGUUAGGGCCUUGAUUCUUGUUAGAUGUUGGGCAAUACUUCUUAUGCUUCAAAUUAGCACAUCAUCCAUCAUUCAGCAAUUAUGCAUAAUCAGGAAAACGGGCAAUUAAAGGUAAGCCGAAGGAAACAACAACAACAAUAUGGCCCAAUACAAAUUCAAACACUUUAUCGUUAUGUAAUAACUCUCACAAUGAUCUACCACUAAAUGUAAGCUGAUGAACACAGUUAUUACAAACCAGUAAAAGACUAAUAGUAAAGGGGUAGGAUUACGAGCGCGGGUCUCAAAUAUACAUUACGAGCAACUCAGAUGACACGCGGCUCAUAAAACAUACAAGUUAAGAUACUUUUCGAUCGUCUAAACAUACCCAGGCACAAUACAGACCAGGUUACAUGAUACAUAAAUGUUACUACUAGCAUCAGUCUCCAUUCUAAGCACUAAAGUCACCUGUGUACUCUGGGCCUUUCAG